UCAUCCCAGCUGCAUCCUUCAUAGGCGCGCGAAUUCUUCGAGGAGUUAGAUGACGUAUCAGGGUGAUCUCAUGGGCGUCCCCGUGAUUCAAUACCUCCUUAUAAACGCACUACUAAUGUUCAUGUCCUCAAGUGCUUGAGUUCACCACCAAGAGACCGCACUCAAACUGCAACACAUCGCGCAUCCGAACAUGAAAGACAGCUUACCAUCAAACCGCAUAACGCUCGAAGUCCACAACAAUAUCCCGUGGCGGUACCUUUACAUACCCGGCCUAUAUGCAAUUCUUCUUGGGGGUCUUACAUUUUCUCACUCGUUUGAUUACUGGACAAUGGAUCCUUAUCCGGGUAAGGCAAUCGGUUGCUCCAACAUUCUCGCCGGGGCUCUAGGUACGUUCCUAGUCUAUACUGGUAUCGGCGCUUGCAUGGGCUGGUACUUUUUCAGGGAUACGUAUUUUCGACGUGCGGUCGAAGUAGAUUCGGCAACGAUGGACAUUUCCGGAAUGAUCAGCGAGGAGAACUUCUGGAGAAACAUCAUACAACGCUACCCGUGGCGCCAUGCACACAAGCUUGGUUCAUCGCUGGUUAUUCUCGCUCUAUUCAUCAUAGCUUAUGGAACGAGCACGCAUCGCAUGAACCCUGAAUCAACAGACUGGACCACAGUCCUUCCGAUUCGAUUUGGUAUCAUGCUAGCCAUUAUCCUAAAACUGGCGGGGCUCGUUCUCUGCAUAGGGUGGCAUAUAUUCAAAGAUAUCGAGACAGGCGAUACAGAAGAUCAAAAAGAAUCAGGACCUCAUAGGACUUACAAUGUCUCGACGUUGGAUUCCCCGAAUGUUACAACCUUCGCCAACCCCUCCAACCAUCCAUAUUUGAGUGCUGUUCCUCCUACAAUAUGUUCUGGUUGUACGUUUUAUAGUGCUUUCACUGCCUCAGGCGUAAUUACUCCCGGCAGGCCCAUAGCUGUACGCCCUUUCCUAUCAUUGGCAAUCGCUACUUUCCUAAACUUUUCCUUAGUCGUCGUCGAAUUCAUGGGCAACUAUAGAUGUCGUAUGGCCAUAAUGCAGGAAAGGAUGACUGAGAUGGAUAUGCGCUCAGGGAUUGGUGGCGACAGGUUUAGAAAGACAGGAGAAAGGACCGAGUACUCACGCACGACCUAACUUGCAUCGUUUUGGAGUCAAGGGGGGCAUGUCAGACCUUACGAACAAGACGCGGACGACCAUGAUUGUCUGCUCACUAUUUUUAUGGUCAUGAAGAACUGGAAUACUUCUAUACUACCCACGGCGAAGAAGGCGGCGAGGGCGAUGGUACUUCUCUUCUCACCCAAGAUAAUCCCACUUUCAAAUGAACGCUAUGGUACAACAUGACGCGGUUUCAAUGCGGAAAUGGUGCGAGAGUAUCACCUGAGUGAUCUUCAUAAAGGGAUAUGUAAAAGACACCCGACCUGGGCAUGUCAUGGGAAGUACACAGCGCAGGAAGUGCAGCU